CUUUCCUCUCCGGCGGGCGAUCUCUGUCUAUUUUAUUCAAGUCCGUCAGUCGCUUGCUCUCGCUUCCACCGCCACUUGUCCCUCUCUCUUCUCGCACAAACUUGAUAUAUCCUACUUCCUCCGGAGGCUCUGGUACUCCGUUACAUAAAUCGCUCCUUCGCUUUCCCCUUUCCUUUGCCACUUCACCCCGCCCAUCUCGGGAUCGCCACUCGUUCGUUUUAGUAUCUCGAAUCCCCAACUAGUUCAUCACCCACCAUGACGACGUUCGGCAUGCCGUAUUUCCUCGAGGACCUCACAGGCGAGCUCACAGGCUCCGAGUUUAACGACCUGUAUAACCGCACCCGCCUCGCCUUCCGCUGCACGCUCCACGACGCUUCACACACCGCAUACAUGGUGUACGAUCUGUCUGCCUCUGGAAACGGAUAUAACGCGCCCGUCGCGUGUCUCGACUUUGGCGCGAACAACGCGCUCGGCACCGUCAAAAUUGGUGACAAGGACAACGUUAGCAUGUCCGUAUACUUGUCCAAGGUUGGGUCAUUUGGCAGUGCCAAGACUCGCAAAUUUAUUGCAUCUGACGGGCAGGAGUACAGAUGGACUCACAAGCCGGGCGAUGAUGCAGAGUGGACUUGCACGAAUACGAACGGCUACCAUGUCGCAUCGUACAGCCUCAAGCCGGCUGGCGAACCCCAAUACCCAAGCUCCUCCGGCUGCAUGCUCACCGUCGAGGAGCAAUAUCCACAUCUCGUCGCUGAACUACUCGCCUCGCUAUUGAUCAUGCGGCACAUCGCCAAGUAUAACCUCUAACAACGCCACGUUUCCUCGGAUAGCCCACCCGGGCCCCACACCGCCACUAGCACUAGCACUGAUAAAUUACUACUCGGAUGGCGCAAAGCCGCCUUACUUUUUCUAACAUUAUAUUCCCCGCUUUCUAGACCUAAUACGCAUAAUCGCUGUCUCCCCGCUAUUCGAUCAAGUUCCGCUUGCACGCGCACAUUCAUCGCACCCAUUAUUCCACAUCCAUGCACUGUACUGUCGCCCGAUCGAGGUUGUCCGUGUAUGAGCUGCAGUAGCCCUAGUAUUAGUCCCAGACAGCCGGCACACUCUCCCCGCUCUGUCAAAAAUGUAACGUAAUAGCUGUACAUACGUACAUAUAUAGUACUCAGCAAAAGCCUUACUUUACCGUAGUUUUCCUAAUUGUUGUUGCCCCGCCCGAUCCUCGUAAUGUUUCGUACCCUCAAUAUCGAAUGCGUCAUUAUCCCUAGCUACCGCGAAAAAUGUAACGGUCAUGAC